CCAUGACAACGGCCAGGUUGGACAGGAUGCGGGGCUGGGGCAAUUUCAGACUCCCGUAGCUUUGCAACCGGGAGUCAUCUCGAGGUCUGCUCUUACCUUGAGCGCUCUCAGGCCUCGAACAUGAACACAAAGAAGAAUCUUAUUGGACUUUCCUUCAAAUCCAAUUCUGAAAAAAGAGACACAUUUCUGCGGAGAAGUGGUGUUCCAACUCCAGCACGGGGGACAUCGCAGCCCUCCCAGAUGGUAGUGUUGCAGCUCUCCAGGGGGAAGUCGCAGCCCUCUCGGAUGGUGGCAUUGCAGCUCUUCCGGGGUAUGUCACAGCCUUCUCAAGUGACGUUGCAAGAGCCCUCCCGGGUGACGACAUCGAAGCAGCGCUCCCAGAAGACAUCGCAGUUCUCCCGGGUGACAGUGCAAAAGCCCUCUCUGGUGGUUGCAUUGCAGCCCACCCGUGUGACAGUGCCGCAGCCCACCCGUGUGACAGUGCCGGAGGCCACGAGUGUGACAGGGCCUCAGCCCUGUCAGGGGAUGGCAUUACAGCCCUUCCAGGGGGCAUUGCAGUUCUCCUGGGUGGUGGUGUCACAGCCCUCCCAUGGGACAUCGCAGCCUGCCUGUGUAAUGGUACCGCAGCUCUCCCUAGGGACAUCUCAGCUCGCCCGUGUGGUGGUGCCACUGCCCUCCCGGGGGAUGUCACAGCCUUCCCACGUGAGUGCUUCCCUGGCCCCACCACCUGCUCCUCCUGCCCCCACACCCACUCAUCCGGCUCAGCCCUACUGCCGUCGCCUCUCGUUGCAGCAGGGCUGUUCUCCCGUACAUGAGGGAAUCUCAAGCCCGGAGAAAGAUCAGUUCCGCCAGCCCCGGGCGAAGCUGGAUGCAGAGCUGGCAGGUGAAGCAGAGGGGUCACGCGGCACCACCAUGCCCCUAGCACUCAUCCAGCCUCUCGCGGCUGCGGCCACUGGCCCCGCCGCCAUCUAUGAGCAGCCCAAAAAGGAGCAGCCACGGAAGUCGAGCCCAACUCUCAACCGUGGUCGCUCCAUCAGGAACCCAGGCAAGGCGGUGAGGCCGGAGCCGGAGGCUGCAGUCCCCACGACGAAGUACAGAAUUAAACUGUCAGCUAACGCGACCUGGCUGCUGCUGCGUCAUCACCAGAAUGAGUGGGGGUGGAUGAACCCCUUCAUUGGCACCGGGCUCCUGCCGGGCUCCCAGAGCAGAGCCGGUGUGGACCUCACGUCCUUUAUGAAGAUCUCGCUCCUUAACGACCAGAACCGCUAUGACGACGAGUAG